AUGGAGACCAGUACUGCACUUGCAUCCUCGCUAGCUCAACACCCAAAUCUUCGACACCGUCACGCACGCAACUUUCCUGCCGUCCUGUUGCCCUCGACCUUGACUAUCCUUGGCUUGCUGGUCUACAUCACGGUAGUCGCAACACUUAGCGGUACACACGUCUCGCCUAUUGGUGGCCUAGGCUGCGCAUUGAGAGAGAAAUGGCAGGGCAUGUUCCAUGACAAGAAUGGUCGUAAGAUCAGGAGAAUCCAAGAUGCUUUUGAUUGCUGUGGUCUCAGAAGUGUACGAGACAUGCCCUUCCCAUUUCCUGGUCAUGGAGUCGCCGUCGAUACAUGUUCGCAGCGUUUCGAUCGUCACAUCGGCUGCGAGAGUGCCUGGAGAGAUAAGGAGAGAACAGUGGCUGGUCUUAUGAUUGGCGUUGCAGUGGGCGUUUUUGUCUGGAUGGCUGUAAUCCUCGUGACUCCAGCAUUGCAUCCGACAUGGGCUCACGAGAGCAUGCGCCUUCCUCACCGCGUACUUGAAGAAGAGACCGAUGCAGCGAACAGAGUCAUCGAAUAUCCCGCCCAGCGCUACACAGAUGAUCCUGAAGGUGGUAACGGCGAUGCUCGUCGUGAGAUCGAUAGUCUGAACAACGACUCUCGACUCGCACUGCAGGUGGAGAGCUCGAGAGACCAUCCUAGCAAAAUGCUGGCAGAUCAGGGUGUGUGGAGGGGCGAGGAUGGCAGGACUUGA